GAUCCUCUCGAACCAUUAGCAUCGGUGGAAUUUCAUCCAUAUUUCAAGCUAACUUCCUGAUAUUCGUCAACCUAGAUCCCGUUUCCAUGGCUCCGAGACCGCGUUCAGUACAGGCAUCGAAAGAGGAGCGCAGAUGUUCGCGAGGAACUGAGUCCUUCCGUUGCCGAGUCUGUCGCGGAAUCCAUCCUCUGAAGCGAUGCCGUCGCUUCCUGCGGCUGAACGUGGAGAAGAGGAUGAGGGCAGUGCUUGCGAAUAAGUACUGCGCCAAUUGCCUGGCCCACCAACAUUCCGGAGGAAGCUGCUUAAGCGGUGAUAAGUGCCGAAUAUGUGAGGAGGAUCACCACACGCUGCUCCACUUCCAUGAACAGCCACGUCGACGCACUCCCAGCUCCGUCGUACGCCGAGUCACCCCCGAGUCCUCCAGACGAAGGGUCGCACCAACGCCAGCCUCCGAUCCAAAACUGACCUUGACCACACUGCUGCAGCACCGCAAUCCGCAUCUGAUGCCCACGGCGAUGGUGCGUCUUGAGACGGGGGGAAAAACCUUCGACGUGAAGGCCCUGGUGGACCCUUGUUCUGCGGUAUCGUCGAUGGCGACGUCACUGGCCACGGCCUUUAAGUUGACAGCCGUCAAUAUAGGGGCAGAGAAAGCGGUGGCAGCAGUGAUCCGGUCCCCAAUCAGUGAAGGAUGGCGAUUGGAGGCGAUCCUGAAGGUGGUCGAUGGCUUGUGCUGCCGCACUCCAAGCGCUCCGGUGGACCCGCAGAUCGCCAAAAAGUUCGAGUGCAUCGUAAUGGCGGAGGAUACGUUCUACCGACCGUCGUCAGUGUCUUUGGUCCUGGGCGCGGAUGUGAUCACGGAGGUCAUGUUGGAGGGGAGUCUACCCGGGGUUGGCGGGCGGCCAAUUGCGAUGCGCACAGUCUUUGGCUGGACCCUGUCCGGAGCGUGCCGUUAG